AUGAACGUUAUCAAGUCGAAGAACUGGAGCAGGCUCACUGAUUCGCAUCUUAACAAUUGCUUGCGUGCGGGAACCUCAGCGCAUGCACCUAACGUACCUAACGUAUAUGCUGGUGGACGAAAUUCAGUGUCAAAAAUUGGGCUACACCGUAAACAGAAGAGACAUGACUAUAUUGUUAAAUCUAAACAAGAACUCGAACUCAAAGUUAAGAGCUUCAUUCCACCUUACGCUGAAGAACCGGAAGUUUAUAUAAAAGAAGGUGCAUAUACUCUUGUACGUAGUGCUUCCGCCAGUGCUGAUAUUGCGCUUUCUCGUGUUACUUCUUCGGUGAACCAUUCAGGAGAAUCAUCUGCUGAAGAUUCAGUUGCUGCUGAAUUUCAAAAUUCUGCUGUUGAGCAUUCUUCUCUUCCAGAAGUUGAUAAAAGAUCCCUCAGCUUAGACAGAACUGAAGAUAGAAUUCCGAUGGCUUUUGUCGAUACAGUUGUUUAUCACCAAACACAAAGAAAGCCGUCAAGAAACAGAAACAGCCGACCUCCUACGCCAAGAGUGACAGAAAAAACAUUUGUGCCUAAACAGCAAAGGACGGUCUCAGUUGCUUCCUCGAAUUUAGCCGAAGCAAUAAGAGAAAGUCCUACAGAACAGAUGGAGGAAAAUGGAAAUCAGAACCAAACUUUAGACGUUGCAAUACCGCAGGAAAAUGCUUUAAAUAGCCCUCCACCAAGACCUCAAAGUGGAAUCCAACAAACAGAAAACGAAGAAGUGCAGAUACCUGUACCAACGCCCACGACUCCAAUGCUUUCAGGUAAGGAUGAAACUGGAACUAUAAAUGUAAGCGAAACUGAUACUUCAAACAAUACAAGUGCAGAAAGGACUACUAAAGAAGGUGAAACUGAUGAUACACUUAUCAAAGCCAGCGAAGAAGCAAAACUUUCUUCAAUUAAUACACAAAUUUCGGAUAACGAUAUUAUUCUAACGAAUGAAAAAGUUAUUAGUUCUGCCGAAGAAAUUGAGAAGUCUAGUGAUAUUCAGCUGAAUAGUGAUGACGGUGAUAGUAUUGAAAAAGAAGAAUCAGUGAAACAAGCCAGUGAGGAUGAGAACGUCUUAGAAUACUCCCAUACUUCUUUUGAUCACAUAAAUUCUAAAAUGGGAAAUGAAGAUGUAAUCGUCGAUCCAAUAAAGUUACUCCAAGGUGAAGGAGAGUCUCUGAAAAGUGCUGAAGAGAAUGGAAGAGAUCAUUACGAUGAAGGCUUCCACAGCGGCGAGCUUAUGGCAUCAGAAGAAGACAGCAAUAGUAUUGAAACAUUAGGAGAUUCUGGAAUUAAAGAUGAACAUGAUCUUGCAAAACCCAUUCGAGCUGCGACGCCAAUGCCAAGAAGUUCCAGUUUCUACAAGCCUUUGAAUAUGGACCUCGAAAUAACGGAUUUGCAGAAAAGGGCGGAAGAAUUAAGAGCAGAACGCAAGCUGAAAGAAUUAAAAAGAGAUUCUUUACUGCAGAAAGUGAGAGACCUUCAAAGACGAAAAGUUUCGACAAAAGAUCAAGCUCGAGAGGAAUGGAGAAAAAGGUUUCUAGAGGUAAAGAAGAUAACACCCCGGCUGGAAGACCACUGCAGCAAGUUACGGCAAGAGCUAGAAAAGCUAGUAAAAGAUAUGCUGGUCAGCAUAAAAACCGAUCCUGAUUCCAAGCCACACAAACCAUCCAAAAAAACAAGUUAUAAAAUCAUGAUUAUGCGACUUUUACAAGAAGUUGAAGACCUCAGAAGGCGACUCCAGUCUGUCACAGUAAGGCUGAAUGCUGAGACAAAACUCAGAGCACAAGCUGAAUAUGAAGUGAAGAAACUGAGACAGGAUCUUCUUCACAAAAAAACACAAGUUACGUUAACAAGGAAGCAAACAUCUUUCCCACAACCUUCUGAACAGUUCUUCAUUAGUGCUGUUUGAAAUGGGAAAGAAAGGCAACUUUUCACUGAAUACUGCUGUUAAGUGACGAUUAUCGAGCUUCCACAGGAUGUUUUUGCUGAGAACUGAAAAGCAAGAUCCAGCAAAUUUAUUACCUAAGAAUGAUUCUGCUGAACUAAAAUAAAUUUCUAUUCAGAUAAAGAAAGGAUUAAUCAGAUAAAAGUUGAAUAUUAUAUCAUUGCUGCCAGCCUUGAAAUAUGAAAAACAAAGAGUUUUGGGGAGGUUUCUCAUGCUGCCAUUUCAAAAGAACUCUGCUUAAUGCAUAAUUCAGGUUACGAAAAUGCAUAUAAAUGAUUCUGAUGCAGAAUAUAUCAACAUUAGAUAGCUAUUCUGUAUUUUAUAUUCUUUGGCUAAUUUCAUUUUCUAAACUUUAACUAUUUCAAAUGUUAACCACAGAUCCAUGAGAACAAUCAGGUGACUAAUCACUCUAUCUUAUCAUUUAAGUAAAGUAACUCCAGCACAAAAGUAGCAUUAUUAUUUCAUCAGCCUAACAGCUACACAACCUGUGUAAUAACAAAGAGUAAACUCUCAGCUUGAAAAAAUGACAGUAAUAAAGUUAAGGCAAAAUAAUAAGAUUAUAAGACAAAAUGCAACUAAAGCAUUUAGCUGAGUUCUCAACUUGAGUAAUUACAGUUAGCCAUGCUUAAGCUAUAACAAGUAAUUCAGACCUAGGAAGAAACACAAUGAGACUGUCAACAAUAACUCUCAUAAGCUCUUUCUCAAUCUCAGGUACUCUGUAUUUAAAUACUAGUUAAUGUAUUUAAAUACAUUAACUAGCUUGCAUUCUGGUGGGAGCCCAUGAAAGCAAGAGUACCUGUAAGGGCACACUAAUAAGAUAACUAGUCAAUAAACAUAAAACCUUAUUAUUUUCUUACACUUUUAUUUUCCAAAAAGUUUGAGAAGGGGGAGGGAAAUCAUAAAUAAAAGUGCUUUUAAAUGUGAUGAAAUAAGAUUAAAAUUAAUGCACAUACUAUUGCAUGAAUAUACUUAGUAAUGUAUCUUUUACUGACGUAAAAAGGUUAAUGUAUUAAUGAUGAAAAAUUACUGAAGUAAUCUGACUGAUUAAACAUUAUCUUCAUAAAAAGCUCUAUGUAUGUUUACAGAAGAUUAAGACAACUAAGAGCAAGUAAAAUUUAAUAAGAAAAAUUAUACUAAAAAUCACUGGGGUUUAGGUGGGAUGGAAUUAGCUAUUUUAAGUUUCAUUUAUUGAUGGGAAAAAUUUUCCUUUGUAAAGGCUAAAAUUUAAAAACUGGGAGAUCAAUGAUCUGCCGGGAGACUGGGAAAAGCAAUAAUACAGCAGGAGUCUCUUUGUUUUACCAGGUUAUUUGGCAGCUUUGUUACAUACACUGAUUUGGUGUUUUGACCGAUUCCUUUAUGAGAAAAUAAUUAAAAACAUUUUUAUAAAUUUAAAAUUAGAAAUGCAUCUCUGAAAUCAAUGCACAUAAAAUUAAUAUGAUUUUUGUACAGGAAACUAUCACAGAAAUGUACUUAAAAAAGUAGGAAAAAGUAAGUAAGAGAAAAGAAAUUAAGUUUUCAUGUUGUUUAAAACUAGUUACAAAAAGAGGGUAAAAAAGAUUUGCUACUAUAUUCAGGAUAAAAUGCGACUCUAUUGGAAAUGUGAUUUAUAAUUUAAAGAAAAUAUUCAUGCCCAUAUAAAGAGCUGCACUGUAUAUAAAAAUCGCAUGUGUAUGAAUAUCUUCAUUUACUAGAUUAUAAGAAUUUUUAUAUUAUUCUCCUUAUUACUAAAAUUUUUCUACAGUACAAAACAGAUACACAGUAUCGAUAGGAGUUCUUAGCUGGCCUUUAUUUCUGCAACUGUUGGUCACAGACAUAUAUUUCCAACAAUAAAAAAGGUUAAAUGACACAAAUAUUCAAGUUGCCAUUUUCAAAUCUGAAACAAUUAUAUAAUACUUAACUUUCUAACUUUUUAUACAUCAUACAGGAUCCAUAUUUAAGAGAAAUUUAUACUCAUUAUAAAAAAAAUAAAACAUUAGUUUGACUCUUAUAUGAGAAAAAUUGGCUGAGGUAUUUAGUUUCAGCAUUUGGGAUAUAUGAUGUCACUUCUAACUUGCCUUGAGAGGUUGAUUAAUAAAUCAAUUAGAAUAAUUUGAGAUUCAUUUUUUAUUCUUAAAUGCUACUGAAGGACAUUCUUUUGUUACUUAUUAAUAUACACUUUUUAACUGGUAUGCCAAAAUAAUUUUCACACAAAUUAUUUUUAAGUUUCGAUACAUUAUUAAAAUUUAUUGAAUACAUUACUAAAAUUGUAAAAAAAUCUGCAAAAAUACAUUAUUAAAAAUCUCAUGAAGUUUUAUUACUUCAGAAACAUCACCGAAUAUUACUUCAAAUUUUUUAUUCCUGUAAUAAUUUUGAGAUCCCAAGUUUUCUAGAAUAAAUUUUUCUAAAUUGUAUUGAUCAAUGUGUUUCAUAACAGUCUUCAGAAGAAUUCUUCUCACUUAAUCUGUUAACAUCAGAAACCUUUUUUUAAACUGAGAUUUUAUUAAUUGCAUAUAAAUGCAAACAUUUCAUUCUUCAAUUUAUGUACGGUCCACGAAUAUAAUUUCUAGCUUUAAAGUAAAAUAUUCAUGUCAAUUUCGAUCAUGACGGGAUCAAACUUUGUGUAUCUUAUUAGAAUUAAUAUAAAAUGUAAAAAAAAUUCAUAAAUACUAUAAAUAUGGGGAACCAGUGGGACGUAUAAAAAGUUAAGAUUUCACAAAACUGAUUUUCUUUUAAUAUUUAAAAAUACCCAAACAAUGAAUAUUUGCAUUGUUUGAGACAUUUCUGUAACAGGAAGUGUAUGUCUAUGACUAAUGGUACUGAAAUAAAGUUCAGAUAAGGUCUUUCAUGGACACAGUGGAUAUAUACGAUUUCACUGGUUAGUAAAAUUCAAGUGCAUUAUGCAUGGCAAUUUAAGCUCCAAAUGUUAAUAAAUAUAAUCUUAUCUGUUUCUAAUAUCAAUAUGUCAAUGUUACAAAAUACAAAGACAAAAAAUACUAAUAGUAUUCAUUCUUUAUUUCCAAAAAUGUUUUAUGCAUAAUUUUUGAUUGUAUAUACAUUCACUUUAAUAACUGUUCAAUAUUUUUAUAAAUAUUUCCAUAUUUAUUAUGGCUGUUAAUAAACUGCUUAAAAAUACUUUGAGUAUCUACUAUGUAAUUAAGAAUUUUAAUGUACAUUUAUUGCUGUCCUUUGUGGUUUAAUUAGAUAUAUAAAUAUAUGCACUCAUACUGCUGCAUUGUCUACUCAUUUAGCAAAUGAACACAACUGUUGUUACAACUCAUAAUACAAGAAAAAAAUGAACACUUUUGUUACAUGUAAAUAAAUUUUAAAAAGGUUAUACUCUCCAAACAUUUUCCCUACAAUAUAUUCUAAUGAAUGAAUCAAUAACAUAUAAUUAGAAGAUAAAUGAAAAAAAUAUUGAUCACCCUUUGGGAAAUGACUAAUAAUGUAAAAUCUUAAAAAAAAAAGAAAAGCAUCAUAUUACAUAUAAAACUACUGUACAUAUGUAAACAUAAUUAUACAAAACAUCCAUAUCCAUGCACAGAAAUACUUCAAUUGCAUAUAUGUCAUAAAUAACAAAUCAUUUGAUAUAUUCAUAUGAUAUGGAUAUUAUAUUUGUACUUAAAAACCAAUCAGUGACAUCUAUUAUAAAAUGCAUUAUAUUAAAAGGCACUUAAUAUAAAGAAUACCACUAUGUUUAAUUUGAGAAAAUAUUUGCUUUAAUCUACUCCAGUAAGUUGUUAAAAAUGUUUUAAAAUAUGAUAUAAAAUUGAAUUAUCUUUUAAUUUAUUGUAAAUAAAUACAUUCUUUAUUCUUUGCAUGACCAUUCAUCACAAAAGAUGGCAAAUCUAUAUUAAGCAUAAUCAAAUGGAAUAUAUUGUAGUCUACCACAUUAAAAUAGGCACUUCAGGGUAAUUUCUUUCAUAACUAUGUCUGCUACAGGAAAAAAAAAAAAUGUUUGAAUGCUCUAAUUCCUUCUAUGUGGUGAUGAAGACAGAAGUUGCAAAUCAAAUGAAGGAAGAGUUGCCAUGAUCUUGAAGUGCCUAUUUUUAAGUAACAGACUAAUAGUCUAAAACAUAAGUACAGAAUUGCAAAAGUGUAAAUUACUUUAACUUGUAAUUACCUGAAAUAUGUUCUUCUAUUGCUAGUGAAUUUUUGACGAGAUUAAGUUUGUGUUGUAAAAUUCACAAAGAUAACAAGUCAUCAAAUAUUUACAUGAAUACAGUAAAGUACUACAGACAUAUUAAUGAAAAACAAUAUUAGCAAAAGGUAUAUAAUAUGAUUAAAAUCUUACAUAUUUCUUUAACUGCAUUUUCAUUAGGGAGUUAUAUAAAGAUACUAGAUUUUAGAUCUCUAAAGAGAAAAAUAAUUUAAUAUGUGCUUCAAUAACAUUGUUUUUUUUUUUUUUAACAUUUAUAAAAACAAAAUACAUAAAACUAGGAAAUAAGGAUUAAUUUCUCAUAACUAUAAAUUAAAGGCUGUGGCCUUUAUUGAGCACUGCUAUUUAAAAUCUCUUUAUUUUUAAAAAAAUUUCUUUGUUUUAUUUUAGGCCAACACAAUUCUCUACGAAAAGAAGUAUGCACCAAUAUUGCUUAAAAGCCACCACUAAAUUACACAUGUUGUUUUUAUCUUUUAUUAUAGUUUAUUUAUUUUUAUUUUCAAAGUUAGUAUUAUCAAUAAAAAGUUUUUAAAGUCUGUUAUUCUGUUUCAUUCUUUGUUUAUUAAAAUAAUAAAUAAUCUAAGAGAUAUGUGUCUUAUGAUUAGAACAAUUUGAACACAGUUACAAUGAGCUAAUGACAAUAGUACAUUUCCUUGUUGGAAGUAUCAAGUCGACAGAUACAGGUUUCUACAGAAAAAUGCUCGGCAUAUAUUUCUUAUGAUGAAAAAUAAUUCAAAUUUCUAAUUUCGAAAACACAUUUAUAAAACUGAAAAAGGUGAAACUAAUAAAACAUAUAGAAAGAAGCAAAAGCAAUAAUAAAUUUGGAAAAAUGCUCUUUUUGGGAGGGGGGGGAUAAUUAUUUAGGAAAAACGAAUUUCUUUACUCAAUAAAAAAUCAGAAUACUCACUUUCUUAAAUGCUUUUUAGCACUAGCCAGUGUUUAGUUUUAUUAAGCUACUCUUUCAGCAAUUCAUAAUGUCAAUUGUAAUGAUGUCUGCUCUUAAAUUAAUCUACUUGCUCUCUGAUUAUAUAAAUUAUUAUUUUUUUCUUCUACACUGUUUUCAGUUAUACAACAGAACCAAAAAAUACUCAAUUCUGAACCAACAAGUACCAUCUUAGACAUUAAAAUUAUAAAUAUGAAUCUAUAUCUUUAUUAAUUCUCAUUCAUGUUUCAUAAAUUUUCUCAUGCUUGAUUCAAGAUUUCAUAAACCAUGAAUAACUGGAUUAAAUUAUUUUUAUACAAAAUCUUAAAUACUAAAAAAUUUAUAAACUUUUUUUUUUUUUAAUAUCACCACAUGUUUACAAUCUCUAAACUUUUCUAGAGGGAGGGAGAACAAUAAAUUUGGAAAAAAAAAAAA